UUCCAACCUUUCUCGUGAGGAGUCUGGCUCACCAGCCAAUAAAGGCAUACCCCUACCUUCACCACUACUCGAUCACAUUAAUAAUUUUCUUUCAAUAACCUCAAAUGUCACUCUGAUCGCUUCUCUGGAUUCCCAUUUUAUUUUUGUUCACACUCACAAAUUUAUUAGUUGACCUUUCAUCCUCUUAAGUCUUAAGCUUGCUUUUCAUCUUCUUGCUUCUUACUUCACAUAGGCGUUGCUUAGAUUUAACUAAGUUGGAACUGAGUUUAGUCCCUUGCAAGGACUCUGAACAUUUGACCCAUCAACAUAUCUGGGUUCUUCUUUGCAGUGAGGUAAGGUCACUGCAAUGGCGUCUGCUUGUGUGACUUUGAAAGCCAACACCGAUUUAGCAAACUCAAAAAAAGGCGAUCUUUUUCGUCAAGACAAUGGCUUUCUUGGUGAAAGAAUCAAAGGUAGCCUGAACAACAGUUCCUGGUUCACGAAUCAGUUGGCUAAACGUUUUAGAACCCAGAAGAGGGUCAAACAUUGUGCUGUAUCUGCUAUUCUUACUUCAAAUAAUGCCAAAGAAUCUCUGACCUUGCAAGUGCCUUCAUUCAUGAGACGAAGGGCUGAUCCAAAAAAUGUUAUUUCCAUUAUAUUGGGAGGUGGACCGGGAACACAACUCUUUCCUCUCACAAAACGAGCUGCGACACCUGCGGUCCCUGUUGGUGGAUGUUACAGGCUUAUAGAUAUCCCAAUGAGCAACUGCAUCAACAGUGGCAUUAACAAAAUAUUUGUGCUAACCCAGUUCAACUCUGCAUCCCUCAACCGUCACAUCGCCCGCACCUAUUUUGGAAAUGGUAUCAGCUUUGGGGAUGGAUUUGUGGAGGUUCUGGCGGCUACUCAAACACCCGGAGAGGCUGGAAAGAAUUGGUUCCAAGGAACUGCAGAUGCUGUGAGGCAAUUCACAUGGGUAUUUGAGGAUGCCAAGAACAGAAACGUUGAGAAUGUAGUGAUAUUGGCCGGGGAUCAUCUAUACCGAAUGGAUUACAUGGACCUUGUGCAGAGUCACGUUGAUAGAAAUGCUGAUAUUACAAUUUCAUGUGCUGCUGUGGGUGACAGCCGUGCAUCAGAUUAUGGAUUGGUCAAGGUAGAUGACAGGGGCCGCAUCAUCCAAUUUGCAGAAAAACCAAAGGGUGCUGAUUUGAAAGCAAUGCAAGUAGAUACCUCUCUUCUCGGGUUGUCACCCCAAGAUGCAUUGAAGUCACCGUAUAUUGCAUCUAUGGGGGUUUAUGUAUUCAAGAGAGAUGUUUUACUCAAGCUUCUGAAAUGGAGGUAUCCUACAUCCAAUGACUUCGGAUCUGAAAUCAUUCCUUCAUCUGUGAGGGAACACGAUGUUCAAGCGUAUUUUUUCGGAGACUAUUGGGAAGACAUUGGAACAAUAAAAUCCUUUUACGAUGCUAACCUGGCCCUUACUGAAGAGAGUCCAAAGUUUAAAUUUUAUGAUCCUAAGACACCCAUUUUCACAUCUCCGGGAUUCCUACCACCAACAAAGAUUGACAAAUGCAGGAUUGUGGAUGCCAUAAUCUCCCAUGGAUGUUUCCUGCGAGAAUGUAUGGUCCAACACUCCAUUGUGGGUGAACGUUCACGUUUAGAUUAUGGUGUUGAGCUCCAGGACACUGUAAUGAUGGGAGCAGACUAUUACCAAACUGAGUCUGAAAUUGCUUCACUGCUGGCAGAGGGGAAGGUCCCAAUUGGGAUUGGUAGGAAUACCAAAAUUAGGAACUGUAUUAUUGACAAGAAUGCAAAGAUCGGGAAAGAUGUCAUCAUCACUAACAAAGAUGGCGUUCAAGAAGCAGAUAGACAAGAAGAUGGAUUUUACAUUCGUUCAGGUAUCAUCAUCAUAAUGGAGAAGGCAACAAUAGAAGAUGGAACUGUCAUAUAAAUGGUGAGUGCUUAUCUCUCGGGCUGGUUGCCCAAAGUGCUGAAAAGAAGCAUUCUGAGGAACACACACUCAUCUUUGGGGACGCUGUUGCAAUGCUUAUGUCCAAUAGAGAGAAAGCAGCACCCGGUUUGCUAUGUGUAAAAUAGUAGCUCCCCCACUACAUGUAAAAAUAGAAUGAAUAAAACAUGAAAACCUCAAAAGUAAAUCAAUCGAAGGGCUUACCGAGAGCUACGAAUUUGCUUUAUCCCCUUGUAAAGGACACCAUUUAAAUUAUUUGUAUUACUAAAAUAUUACUUUUGCUGGUGAUAAGGAAUCUAUCUGACCACUUGUUGCUCCA